GCCAUCGUCUGCGCGUCUCAACUCUUGCGCAGCCAGUGUGAAACCAACUGCUAAACGCUGCGCACGCGUCGGUCGCGUCAUGUCUACUUCUAUCGAAACUAGUUUAAAAACGAAGAUCAAGAAUGCAGUGGAGAUCCCCCUGCUGACGAGAUGUUGCUUCUGCUUCCCUCUGCGGAAGGGCCUCAUAGCCUUCGCAUAUAUAAACUUGAUGCUAACAGUAGUAGUGACAUGCUUCCUGUCACUAUACAUCUCGUACGUAAGGAAUUCGUCGGAGUCUGAGCAGGCGGCGCUGGCGUCGGAGUUCGCGAGACUGGUCACAGAUGUCAUCGCCUUGCUGAUAGAAGUCGUCAUGACCAUCACCUUCAUUGUAGCUUUGCAUAGGAAACACGUGCUACUGAUGAAGGUGUACUUAUACUUCGAGAUCGUGUACUCGGUGUUCGGCUUCGUGUACAGCCUCGCCUUCCUCACCAAGGAGACCGCCAGCGAGCUCUUCCUAGUGCUGUUCCAGUUAAUGCUCCAAAUGUACCUGGUGAUCCUCAUCUGGAGUUCAAUAGUGAAGAUGGAGAGGGACGGUUCAGUGAAGUAUUCAAGAGAAACGGAAACCGCAUAAAUUAGUACUAAUUACGUUUAUAAGACCAUUAGAUAAUUUACAAAUAAGGGUAAUAUUUAGAGCUCUUGUUCACGGCACGUUUUUUAAAGUGACCCAUACAACACUGACCGUGCAUACUUAUGGUGAAUUUACCUUAGAUUUUCACGGCAUUAAGGCUGCCCGCUUACGUCAGACGUUUUUGUAGGUCAGAUAAUCGGACCGACUUUUUGUAAGACCUUCUAUCGUUUUCCGUCGUAGGCCUUUUAAGUAUCACUCUCUUUUAUGUAACAAUCCCGCAGCCCCGGCAGGUCUUGGCCCUGCUGGUCCCCGCUGGGGUUUGUAGGACGUUCUGACCUACUUUUUAUAAGACGUGCCUUGCAAUAUCACUAUCAGUUUCUUCUAUAUAUCUCCUACAAAAAUCGGUCACCAAUUAUCGGAUUAGGGUGGGCGACCAAAAACGUGCGUGAACAAGAAGCCUUAGGGACGUAACGAAACUAUAGGUAAGACAAAAAAGUGUAAAUAAUAGAUUAUAUUUUUGGAUGCGGCAACACUAGUGGCAUGACAUAUUAAAAGGCGUGUGUAGUUAACACUCAUUUAACAAGUGGUCUAAUUAAUUACCGUUUAAAAAAAUUGAGACAAAUUCUGUCUUUAUACAUAUCAAUAGACAUAAAUUUAUCAAUGUACAAAGGUACGUUUUCUGUCUGUACACAAAAACACAAAAAAUAUAUUAGCGCUAACUAUUCAUUAACAUUGUCAUAGGUACCAUAGACUGCAGAAUACAAUAACUUAAUAGACAAAAUGUAAAGUUUUUGGACCUAUUGUUUUAAAUCUUUAAACUAAAAUUACUAAUCAAUAAUUUUUGUACAAUAGACUGAAGAAAACAAUUGUAAAUAAGUUGUUAUUUGAAUCUUUACAAAUACUUUUAAAUAAAAAUAGAUAAAAUUUAAAGUUACCUAUAAGUUAAUUAGUUAAUUACCCCUUUUCUUUAUAAUCAUUGUCUGCCUCUAGGCCUCUUUAUUGUAAAAAAAAACUUUAUUUUUGAACUGAGUAUUGCAUUGAGAACCAUUCAGCACAAACUUAAAUUAUUAAUUGCUGAAAAGAAAUAAUAAAACGGACAGUGCCUUGAUAUUUAAAGAAAAAAAUAUUUUUGUAAAAACUUUUUUCGAAAUUUUGUUAGUAUAAGAGAACAAAAACCCUGUAUUUUCUAUGAAGAUAAUCGUUUGUGUUGCGUAAGUAAAAAUGUUACAUUGAAAAGGAAUUGUAAAUAUUGAGUUUACUAUAGAUUUUUUAUUUGAUUAAGAUUUUAUGAGAUGUUAUGCCAAAUAAAAUUUGAUUAAAUAUUU